CUUCAAUUACGACCUAUUUAAAUUAUAACGCUUCUUCCCGUAAUUACCAUUGUUUCUAAUAUCUCUUUUUAAAUAUCUCCAUCCUCACUUUUCAAAGCCUUCCGUCAUGGCUCUGGAGACUCCAAUCGUCAUCGGCGUUGGCGACAUCAAAAACCGCUCUAACAAAAUCGAAGAUGCAAAAGAACCCGCACAAUUGAUGUACGAAGCAAUCCUAGCUGCCAUACAGGAUGCACAAUGCCCAAACGCAUCAAAGCUACAGUCGAGCGUCGAUAGCAUAGAUGUUGUCAGGACGUGGACAUGGCCGUAUCCAGAUCUUCCAGGCCUCUUGGCUGAGAAGUUGAAUGUGAAACCGAAACAUAGAUAUUAUUCUGAACACGGAGGAAAUCAACCAGCAAAGCUGUUUGAUGAGGCUGCAAGGAGGAUUGCGAGGGGGGAGGCAACGAUGGCGGUGGUUACGGGAGGUGAGGCUUUAGCAUCACUAUCCGCCUGCGCAGCCGCCAAAAAACUACCCCCGCCAAACUGGACGCCUCCCUCCGAAACGGUCGACUCAGUUUUCACGCCCACGGGCCGUUCCCUCGGAGACAAUCUCGGCGCAACCCACGACAUCGGUGCUCCUAUUCACGUCUAUCCGCUUUACGAGAACGGAUUGCGAGCACAUCGGGGCCAGAGCUUGAAGGAGAAUCAUGAGGAGAGUGUGAGGCUGUAUGCGCGGUUUAGUGAGGUUGCUGAAGGGAAUGUCUAUGCAUGGAAUUCUGGUAAGAGGGAUGAUGGGAAGAGUAUUGGGACUGUGACGAAGAAGAAUAGAAUGAUUUGUUUUCCUUACCCUCUCCUCAUGAACGCAUUCAACACAGUCAACCUCGCCAGUGCCUGUAUCCUCACGUCCGUUUCACACGCCCGCAGCCUCUCCAUCCCCGAAUCAAAAUGGAUAUAUCCUCUCGGCGGAGCGGGAACCAAAGACUCAGACGACUUCUGGAACCGCCCUAAUUUCCAUUCCUCACCCAGUAUAUCCCACUCCAUCGACGCCGCACUCCGCGUCUCCGGUACCACAAAAUCCGAGAUCGAUCUUUACGACUUUUACUCCUGUUUCCCCAUCGUCCCGAAACUAGCAGCGCACCACCUAGGCCUUUCGCCGAGCGAUGGUGAGAAGCUUACGUUGUUAGGCGGUUUGACGAGUUUCGGGGGUGCGGGUAAUAACUAUAGUAUGCAUGCUUUGACAGAGAUGACAAGGCAGUUGAGAGAUGGGAAAGGUGGGAAGGGGUUGGUGCUUGCGAAUGGAGGGGUCUUGAGUUAUCAGCAUGUUGUUGUGUUGUCUAAGACUCCGAGAAGAGACGGUGUAUAUCCAGAGGAGAACCCGUUACCGAAGGAGAUUGUGGAUGUGGCGAGUCCGGAGUUAGUGGUGGGUGAGAAAGCGGUGGGGGAAGCUGUUGUUGAGACGUAUACCGCGGAAUUCAACCGCGAUGGCUCACCUCUGCGAGGAUAUAUCAUCGGCCGGCUGAAAUGCAACGGAAAGAGGUUUCUGGCGAACCAUGGCGAUGAGGCCACAUUACGACAGAUGGCAAGCGGGGCGGGAGAGAUUGUGGGAAAGUCGGGUUGGGUGAGGCAAGAUUCAGAAAGGAAGGGAAGAGGGUUGUUUACAUUUGAUAAGGUGGCGAGGAUAUAA